ACAUACUGUCUAUGGUUUCAAAACAAAAACGACAUUGUGAGUCAAUGACUGAUACGUAUAACCUGCGUAUAACACAGUAAAACGCGGAAGAGCCCGGUACUGUGGGUGUCAGUGUACUGUACACAAAUCUGUCGCUUUGAGCUUUAUUUAUUUUUUGGCUUAUAAAUGCUUCACUUAGGACUGAGUAAUGAAACUUAGGCAUUUAAAACUGUGCAUUUUCACUGUUUCAGUCGUCUGUCUACUGGGUUACAGAAUACUUACGGACACAGAAAGGUUAAACUGUACUCGGAAUUUGACUCCUGUAAAAACAGUUGGUGCAUCUGAAGGAAUCUUUGUUGGACCGCAUGAUGUUUUAGCUCGGAUAAGGAAAAACAAUAUCAAAGAAAUACCUUUGUGGAUGUUGGAAGAGGUGUAUCUCCGGGAUUCCCAACCCAAAGAAAUGAUAUGUCGCCAUUCCCUCAGAAACUCAGAAGACACAGAGUUUAAGGAAGCUUUUAUUCCUGAUAUUCAGCUCUUCCUGCACAGAGAUCACAUCAAUAUCAGUGAAUGGAACAGACUAGUACACUUCAACAAUCCCUUUGGCUUCAUGGGUUACAAAUACACGGAGGUGAAGAACAUAGUGGAUCUGAUCCUGAAACCAAAGGAAUUCCCACUCCUGGCAGCUCCCUCAACUGAUAAGCAAGGCUGUGUCCGCUGUGCUGUUGUAGCCAAUGGGGGGAUUCUCAAUGGCUCCAAGAUGGGCCAGACGAUUGAUUCCCAUGACUAUGUGUUUAGGAUGGAUGGAGCAGUAAUUGAGGGCCAUGAGGAGGAUGUGGGAAUAAGAACCUCUGUGUUUGUCCACACGGCCAGCACUCUGAUGGCCUCUCUGGACAUGAUCCAGGAGCUGGGCUUCCGGGAUGUCCCAACUGAUGAGGGAAUCAGCUACGUACUAGUUCCUGUGGGCUUGGGGGAUUUACAUUUUCUUAAAACUUUGCUCCUGAAAACAAGUGAUCUGUGGAAAGCAUACAAGAACAUGUGGCAAAGAUAUUACUUCUUGGAUAAUUUUGAUGAAAACAAAUACUACGUGCUGCACCCUGAUUUUCUGAGGUACAUCAGGAACAGGUACCUGAAAUCCUGGCACCUUAAUGAAAAGUCCUGGAAAAUGUUCAGACCCACCAGUGGAGCCUUCAGCCUGUUUCUGGCAGUGCACACAUGCGAUAUUGUGAAUGCCUAUGGUUUCCUUACAACAAAUCACAGAAAAUUUGCAGAAACUUACUUUAAGAAGACUGACUCUGGAGUUGACUACCUCCACUAUGACUACAACCUGGAGUUGGAGUUGUUGGAGAGACUGCACAAUUCCAAAGUCAUUAACCUGUACAAGAGACAGUAGCAUAAACACUACAUAAACAAGUAUGAGAUGCCAGUCUGAGCCAGUGCCUUUUCUUGUUCAAUUUUGUAUACCUCAAUUUCUUUGUAUACCUCUAUUUCUUUGUGGUAGCUCAUUCUCUGACUCUGAAUGUACUGUAGUAUUUAUGUUGUCACAAAACAAUUGCAACAUUAUCUACAAUGGCAUUUACCUGAAUAGGAUUAUCCAAUUUAUGUGAUGAUUCUAAUGAGAGCAGUUGACAGCUCUCCAAUGUAAGUGGUUCCAAAAAUAAACAUCAUCAAAUCCUUAUUCA